ACUUGAUCACCUUGUAAACAAGAUUCAGAGUGCUCGUAAUUCGCGGAAGAAAGACCAUCUCCUGUCUUGCUCUUAGGAUGUCGAAUCUGUCGAUUUGCGUGUGAUUUUUGUUAUGUAACGACUACAAAAGACGUACUUGUUCCAGUCUGCCCAUAAUUUAGAAGUGCGGCCCGAGCAUAAAACAUGUUGCCAAAGUGUGUUUUUGCUUUCUUUUUUAUCUUUUGCCUCGUUAAUUUCAACAUUUCUGAUGGACGCGGAAUCAACGGAGGCAUGGAUUGCGCUGUUUGCACCGUGGUGCUCGGCCUUUCAAUCCAGGUCGCCCAAAUCCAUAACGACACAAUCGUCGGUGCCUCCACAAAAUUGUGUUCAUUUUUACCCUCAGCAGCCGCAUCUACUUGCAGGAAAAUUGUGAAAACUCUGGAACCCGCCCUCCUCAGCGACGAGCUUUACGAACUUAUCACUCCAGACGUCGUCUGCUAUGGAAUUGGCCUUUGUUACAAAACUCCAGGGGAAAAUUACUGCCACCUUUUCCCAAAACCUAAGAUGACUGGAUUCCACCACGCAGUGACCAAAGUUAAGAAAAAUUUAGGAGGCAACCUGAGAUGGAACUUAUGCUCUCUGCCUGGAAUUAGGGAUAUCUGUGAAGACAUAAAUCGCAGUUUGGAAAGAAUCGAGCCCGCUGUAGACGUCGAUAAAGACUGGUUCAGUACUGUCCAGUCUGCCAGAGGCUCGUUCUGGCGUGGCAAAGACUGCGAUGACGCCGACGCAGUGGCCUACCCUGGCCGACAGGCCGUGCUCGGUGACGCCUUCUCCGACUCGAACUGCAACGGAAUCCACGGCAUCGACCCCGCAACUGCGUCAGCCUGGGAGACCCAGUUGUGCUCUGGAUCUGUCGGCAAAGGCCUAAUUUACAUGGGUGACUCAGUUGGCGCGCACUUCCACUUUCCGGAGAGGUGGAUGGAUCCUCUGCAGGUGGCGCAGAUCGACCCUUGGGACAUUCCCACUAGUCUGCUGCAGAACGUCACCCAGUGGAUUUUAAACGAGGGGGACUGGCCUCAACUGGGCUUUGCCACCGGCUACCUGAACAACACACAGUCUAGUCUCAUUCAGGGUCCUGUGGACUCGAUUUACCUGCGGAUGCUGGCCAUGAACAGGUGCAACCAUCGAGAUUUUCAAAAUUUGUCUCGGAACGGUGCAGCCACAAACACAGUUCUCGCCUACAUGCAGAGCGUAGCUAGGAAUGCAACCAAAGACAGACCGGCCCUUUUCAUCUACGGCCUCUACGGCAACGAUGUUUGCAAUAACUAUAAAGACACAAUUAGCAACAUGACGACGCCGGAAGAGCUGCGGAAGAACGUGAUGGCGGUGCUCGAAUUCAUGGACACGGUACUUCCGGAGGGAAGCCACGCGCUGAUCGUUGGCCUGGUUGACGCUUCAUUCAUCUACCCCGCCAUGCGCGACCUAGUUCACCCCUUGGGCAGGCUGCACAACGACAUCACCUACGGCGAUCUUUACGAGUGGUUCUCCUGUAUGCAGAUUGGACCGUGCAAUGGCUGGAUGACCGCUAACGAAACGCUCAGAGCCAUCACUUCUAAGGCAUCAAAGCGGCUGUCAGCUGAAUUGAAAAAGAUAACCGCGACACAGACGUUCAAUAACUUCAAACUUCACUACCUGGACAACCCAUUGGGGGAAGUGAUGGACGAGUGGGUGAAACAGGGACACAAAGUCGCUGAACUAGUCGACCCAAUUGACAGCCUCCACCCCAGUCAAAUGGCUCAAGCUCUGAUAACAGAAGUUGCUUGGAGAAACAUCAAGAAACAGUUCCCCUACAUUUUGGGCGAGGAGAACCCCAAUAAUGAUAAAAUUAUAGAACUGUUCGGUGACCAAGGCGGCCAUUAAUUUUAAUUUCAUUCCUGCGAUGCCAAAUAAUAUGUUAUUGACAGUGCUUCAGAAACAUUUCUUAUGAUAACAAUGCCAAAGAAGCAGUGAUAUUAAUGUUAAAUUACUAACUGACGAGGCGCUGAAAUAAAAAGCGAAAUAUUAACCUCUGUUUUAAA